AUGUCUGCUCAAAACUCUACCACUACCAUCAAAUUGAACACCGGAGCCACAAUCCCUCAGGUAGGAUUUGGUACAUGGCGUUCAACUGAAGAAGAAGGAUACAACGCUGUUUUGAGUGCUCUACAAGAUGGAUACCGCCACAUUGACUCUGCUGCCGUUUACGGUAACGAGGCUGCUGUUGGAAGAGCCAUCCGCGACUCCAAAGUGCCUCGUAACGAGCUUUUCGUAACGACCAAACUGUGGAACACCCAACAUCGCGAGCCUGCCAAGGCUCUUGACCAGUCUUUGCAAAGACUAGGCCUUGACUACGUGGAUUUGUAUUUGAUCCACUGGCCUUUGCCUCUCAAGACAGAAAACAUCAAGGACGACAAUUUGUUCUCCGUCCCCACCAAGAAAGACGGCAAGCCAGACGUGGACUCCGAAUGGGACUACAUCAAGACGUGGCACCUCAUGCAAAAGUUGCCCGAAACCGGCAAGACCAGAGCUGUCGGUGUCUCUAACGUCUCGGUGGCCCAGUUGCAGACUCUGAUCAACAACAAGGACACUAAGGUGGUGCCAGCAACCAACCAGGUGGAAGUGCACCCAUUGCUUCCUCAACAAGAACUUUACGAUUUUUGCAAGCAAAACGACAUUGUGUUGCAGGCAUACUCGCCUUUGGGUUCCCAGGGCUCCCCUGUUGCUGAUGAACCUGCUGUCAAGGAGCUGGCCCAGAAGUACAACGUUGACGCCGCUCAGAUCUUGAUUAGCUGGGCUGUGGCCAGAGGCUACGUUGUGUUGCCCAAAUCUGUUACUCCAAGCAGAAUCAAGUCGAACUUCCAGGUUGUGAAGCUGACUGCUGACGACGUUACCAAGAUCAACAGCAUUCACAAGCAAAAAGGCGAACAAAGAAUCAACGACCCUGAAUGGUUUGAAUUUUAA